GGGGAGAGCGGCGCUGGACGGUUGAGUUGGGGUGACUGAGAAAAUCCAUCCGCGUCGUCGCCGCCGCCGCCGCCGCCGCCUCCGCCGCGGAGGAAGACAGGACCUCCCGCGCUCCUCCAGCGACCCCUUCGCAGAGGCCCACCGCCACAGGCCUCGGGCCAGCGGCCAGGAGCUGCCUCCCCCAGCCCCCGUCCCGCGGCCCCCAGCCGCCCCCAACCCCGCCCCACGGGCCCGGCGCCAUGAGUGAGCUGGAGCAACUGAGACAGGAGGCCGAGCAGCUCCGGAACCAGAUCCGGGAUGCGCGGAAAGCAUGUGGGGACUCGACACUGACCCAGAUCACGGCUGGGCUGGACCCAGUGGGGAGAAUCCAGAUGAGGACACGGAGGACCCUCCGUGGACACCUGGCAAAAAUCUAUGCCAUGCACUGGGGGACGGACUCAAGGCUGCUGGUCAGCGCCUCCCAGGACGGGAAGCUCAUCAUCUGGGACAGCUACACCACCAACAAGGUCCAUGCCAUCCCGCUGCGCUCCUCCUGGGUCAUGACCUGUGCCUACGCACCCUCAGGGAACUUUGUGGCCUGCGGGGGUCUGGACAACAUCUGCUCCAUCUAUAGCCUCAAGACCCGAGAGGGCAACGUCAGGGUCAGCCGGGAGCUGCCUGGCCACACUGGGUACCUGUCUUGCUGCCGAUUCCUGGAUGACAACCAAAUCAUCACCAGCUCUGGGGAUACCACCUGUGCCCUGUGGGACAUUGAGACAGGUCAGCAGACCGUGGGUUUCGCUGGACACAGUGGGGAUGUGAUGUCCCUGUCCCUGGCCCCCGAUGGCCGCACCUUUGUGUCAGGCGCCUGUGACGCCUCCAUCAAGCUGUGGGACGUGAGGGACUCCAUGUGCCGACAGACCUUCAUCGGCCACGAGUCUGACAUCAAUGCCGUGGCUUUCUUCCCCAACGGCUAUGCCUUCACCACGGGCUCCGACGAUGCCACGUGCCGCCUUUUUGACCUGCGGGCCGACCAGGAGCUCCUUAUGUAUUCCCACGACAACAUCAUCUGUGGCAUCACCUCCGUCGCCUUCUCACGCAGCGGCCGGCUGCUGCUCGCCGGCUACGACGACUUCAACUGCAACAUCUGGGAUGCUAUGAAGGGUGACCGCGCAGGUGUCCUUGCCGGCCACGACAACCGAGUGAGCUGCCUUGGGGUCACUGACGAUGGCAUGGCUGUGGCUACAGGCUCCUGGGACUCCUUCCUCAAAAUCUGGAACUAAUUGCCCCAACCCCAGCUGGGCCCAGGCCGGGAGGGGCCCUGCCCACGCCCACACUACAGGCCGGGAGCUCUGGGGCUGGGUACACAAUGAGCCUCCCCCCCCCGGGCCAUGGGGCCUUGGGUCCCUGCUCCCUCACCCAGGUUUGGUUCCUCCCGGGGCCCCCCACUGCAGAGAUAAAGAUGGGGAUGGAAUGGGGGAAGAGGAGGGGCAGAGAGCCCGCAUCCUCUUGCUGCCCUGGGGUGAGGGCCUCACCCCUCUGGAGGGCCAGAGGCAGGGGGUGGAAACCCUAGGGGCUGGCUUUUUUAAAACUGGUUUUAUUUUAAUUUUUAUUAUAUUUUCAGUUUUUCCAUAAAGGAACCAAUUCCAACUCUG